AUGAGUGAAAUUCACGUGUUGUGCAUUCUUGUCUUCGGUAUCAGCUUAUGGGUUAUAGCCUCGCCAACAACAGUCAUACAAACUGUGAGAAUGUUUGGAAAUUCUACUUUUAGUGAAAUCGUGUCGGAUUCUGUCUCCGUCCAAGUAGGAAUAACUGGAGCUGUUAUCGGUGGAUUCAUUUUCUUCAUAUCAGCCAUGGGAUUCUAUGGUGCUGUCACGGGAUCGCAUUUCUUGUUAUUCAUGUAUGCAACGCUGGUACUUCUUCUAAUGCUGCUGGAGUGCGCUCUUGUUUACUAUUUCUCAUCGAACGUCAAAGAGAAAGGACUUCAUGCAUAUGAUAAACUAUCAAACCAUAUAAUACGCAUCGCCUUCCAUUGCUGUGAUCGUAAUAACACAUCAUCUGAAAGCAUACCCUGGUCCUGCUGUGACGUUACUGACUCAGCAGCUUGUACCGUAGAGAAUAAAAAUAAAAAGGACUGCAAACAAGAAUUUUCUUUGUGGUGGGAUGAAUAUCAAACAUUGGUAUACUUAUCCCUGACUGUCGUACACGUAAUAUUGUCGUCCUGCUCACUCCUACGCCGUUCAUAUAGCGCGUCCCGCUCGCACACCUAGCAAUCCCAGCGCCGAUCUGGCGCGUCAACUCCUAAAAGGCUUUCUCGUGGUAACCGUGUUUCACCCAGCAUCGAAGCGACGCCUGAAGAUGUACUAAUGGUAGUACUGGGCAGAGGAAGACUAGGGUGGAUUGAAAAAUCGUAAUAUUUAUAAUCGUAAUAAUUUAGAAAUUAGAUAUAAGAACUUUUUUACAUUUUUUACGAAAAAAUAAU